UCCCACAGUGAGCCUGCAGUGUUCACUGAUGCAUUUGAAAGUGAACCAGCUGCUGCAGCACACAUGGAAACCACAUCAUUCAACAAUGUUUUGGGGAAUGAAGGUGCUCAGUGCAAUGAAGAUACGUUUCCCAGCUCUGGCACAGUUUGUGAACCAGAUGUUUCCCUUCACAUUGGAAAUUCACUAGUCAGAUGUACAUUGGAUAAGGCACCAGAUGCUUUCACUUAUGGUGUAGCUACUCCAGACAGCAGUGUUGCAGAAAAUGAAGUUUGUGGGAGCUUAAUAUCAGAUCACGAAGUUGACGUGAUGAAAGAUAGCUCCACACAAUGGGAACUGCCACCAGCUGACCAUUCCUACACCAGCACAAGACUUUCUAUGACCAUGAGAACUAUUUCCUAUCGAACACUGACCAGUGAUGACAUUCUUUUUUACACUGGCAUUUCUGUGGCUGCAUUUGACAAGCUCGUGUCAGCACUGAAGACUCAAGACAAGACAAUUCGCAAGCUCUUGACCAUCGAAGACCAGCUGUUAUUGACACUCAUGAGGCUUAGACUUGGCCUCCUUUGUGGAGAUUUAGCAAGACGGUUCGAGGUCUCUGUAGCUUAUGUUUCUAGAACAUUUUCGAGAGUGCUGGACGACCUGGUGAAGAUCAUGCAAGAAGUUGUUGUGUGGCUUCCCCGCUCAAGGUUGCGGGCAAGCAUGCCCGAGAGUUUCAGAAACAGCGAGUACAGUCAUACAACAUGCAUAUUCGACUGCACUGAAGCACUAAUGCAAAGGCCACGGAAACUGAUGGCCAGAUCCCAAAGUUACAGCCAAUACAAGGGUGCAAACACGAUGAAAUUUCUUACCGUCAUAGCACCAAAUGGAUUUAUAAUGUUUGUGUCAGAUGUGUAUGGAGGCAGGGCAUCAGACAAAUACAUUGUAAAGACAUGUGGAGUAGAAGAGUACCUCCUUCCAGGUGAUGGGAUAAUGGCAGACCGUGGUAUCAAGCUUGACCCUUAUCUUGAGGCUCAAGGGAUUAAAAUGAACAGGCCUGCAUUUACAAAAGGAAAGGAUCAGCUACCUGAAAGUGAAGUCACCGAAACUAGGCGCAUCGCAUCGCUACGAAUUCAUGUUGAGCGGGCAAUCGAAAGCUUUAUUGGCCUGGACUUGCAAUCAAGAUUAACCAAGGCUAACCAUGCUAUGCCUUAG